GAUCUCUCCUCCAUUGUCUCUCCAACCCCAAGUUCCUCUUCCCUCCUCUUCUUCAAACCAAAAAAACGCCAGACAAAAUGGCCACCAAGGAGCCCGUCCUCACCAAGAACGCGCCCCCGCCGCUGCCGGGCAUCUACAGCCAGGCCAUCAAGGCCAACGGCAUGGUCUUCGUCUCCGGCGCCGUCCCCAUGGACGCCGAGACGGGCAAGCUCAUUGACGGCGACAUCCAGGCCCACACGCACCAGUGCAUCAAGAACCUCAAGGCCAUCCUCGAGGCCGCCGGCACCACCCUCGACAAGGUCGUCAAGGUCAACGUCUGGCUCGCCAACAUGGACGACUUUGCCAAGAUGAACGAGGUCUACUCGACCUACUGGGGCGACGUCAAGCCCUGCCGGACGUGCGUUGCCGUCAAGACGCUGCCGCUCAACACCGACGUCGAGAUUGAGUGCACGGCUGUCUUGUAAGCGCAGGGAUCAAGGAAAUAAAAAGGGGUGGGGGCCGAUAAAAGACCAACAAAAUAAAUAAAAUACAUUGAAC